UUAAAGUUGUGUGGGAACUGACAUGAGCUUCUCUGACUGAGUGGGAAUGUAUAGAUAAAUACACAACGUUCAUGUCUGGUUAGAUACUGAAUCAAAGAAAAGGAGAGUCUGUUUUCCAUGUAGUCUGUCAAUAAUACAUAACAAUGUCCGACAGAGAAGAAGGAGUCAGUGUGAGAGACUCACCAGUCGCAGGUGAGUCUGAAGUCUGUGAGUCUACGUACGGAUGCUCCAGUCAGCAGUAGACAGGAGGAUGUCAGUGCAGAAACUACUCUUACUACAAAUCAGAGCUUGGAUUGCGUUAUCCAACAUGUUGUCUGACUGAGUCCUGCUUUGACUGAAGAGUCAAAAAUAUGAAAAACAUUAAACAGUAAAGCUCAGGUAUGAGGUACAUAAGUUCUUAUUUUCUGUGUAAGAGAGUUGUUGUCUCGUCCAAUCAGAGAAGCAUCUGCGCUGCAGUCCAAACAGUGAAGUUACGUCUGUCUUCCUUCCGGUUGGAGACCGCGGCUCCGACUUCAACCUGUUGAUCACAGCGACCGCCAAAAAAAACAAGUUUGUUCUUGAGACCACUGUAACUGCACAGGUGCUGGACUCAGCUGAGACGUCUGAAUCCUCAGUGGACGUUCUGAGGUCAUCUGUGGAGAAUGCUGUGGCUCAACUGAAGGCUGAAGGACUUCUGUCAGGAGAAACAGUGGGACAAAUUAUGGCUUCUGUGGCCAACACACUGAACAGCCAUACAGAUGACCCUCACCCUGCUGAAAGACAAAUGUUACGUGAGGAGAUGCUUGAAAUAUUAUUGAGUGUUGUACAAGACGUGCCCCCGACCACUCCGAUGGAAGUUGAAGUUGUGGCCAGAUGUCUCACUGCUGUUUGUGCAAAAGACACUGACCUUAGCACCUCUUCACAGGAAAUGGCUUUGUCAUUAUUUGUGAACCUCAGCUCGUCUCUGCUUCACAUGGAUCUGAACAAAAGUAAAGAAAACUUCAUAGAAACACAGAUUGUAGCCAACGCAAUUGUAGAAGGAGUCGGCAACGUCCUGAAUUAUUUUUCAACUAAAAACACCUCUGAUGCUCUUCUCACUGUGCUGAGAAAUACACAGAGUGCUCUGUUAAUAUUCAAAACUGUAAACGAGGCUCCAACUAUUAUUCAGCAUGAAAACAUUGGUGUUUUUGUGAGCAGAGUGACCCUGGGAAGUGUGCAGAAACAACCUCUACAUUUUCCCAACUGUACCUGCCCUUCAUUCUCUUUACCAGCUCUAUCCUUGAGCAUGUUUCCUCCAGAAGAAACGGUGGAUUUACGAAUGGUGUUUUUAGAAGAAAAUAUAUUUUCAUGGAGUGAGAACGGAAACGGAAACAUCAGUGGCAAAAUAGUUGAUCUGAGCCUCACCACGGCAAACGGCUCCGUUAUUAAAAUAAAGAAUUUAAUGGAAGAUAUUGAGAUAUUUCUGCCGAGGCCUGGAGGUGACCUGGUCAACACCUCAGUCCUGGACCUGGGGAACUACAGCACAAUGACCGUGGACAUUAUUUCAUCUGACUCUCCACUGGUGCUAAAGAUGUUUCCAUCAGAGGAUCCGUUACCAUUCAGGGUAUACCUCGGUUAUUUGACUUACCCCACUGAGGAUCAACAUGUUGCAAUGACUGAGAUGCCUCAACCAGGAAGUACACUGGAGCAGAGAUACACGUGGAUUGUAGACCCUAAAGACUUACAGGGGAAAACUGGAGUCUACUACCUGGUAGUGAGGCCCAUGGUAGGACCAGGAAUUAAAUCCAUCAAUGCUACUUUAUCAGUCACGUCCAUCUCUGCUGCAUGCAAGUUCUGGAAUGAAUCAACACAGGAGUGGAGUGUGGACGGGUGUAAGGUCGGCGUGGACACCACGCCUUUGGUCACCCACUGCCUCUGCAACCAUCUCACCUUUUUCGGGAGCUCCUUCUUUGUGACUCCCAACCUCGUCGACCCGUCUCGUUCUGCUCAGCUGUUUGCCACCUUCGCUGACAACCCUGUCGUCGUGUGCUUUGUGGUUGCACUCAUUGUGGUUUAUCUGCUGGUACUCGUGUGGGCACGACGAAAAGACAAUCAAGACACUGCCAAGCUGAAGGUGACUGUGCUGGAGGAUAACAACCCGAUGGAUGAAUACAACUACCUGCUGAGUGUAAACACGGGGCUUCGCAGAGGAGCUUCAACUUCCUCUCAGGUUACAAUAACACUGCUGGGAGCUGACGACAACAGUGAACCCCACCACCUGACGGAUAAAAAGAAAAGUCUGUUUGAGAGAGGUUCAGUAAAUUAUUUUCUGCUGACGACACCCUUCUCUCUGGGAGACCUGCUGGGCAUCAGGCUGUGGCAUAACAACAGAGGGCGCCAUCCUGCUUGGUUUGUUGGACAUGUCAUGGUGCAGGAUCUGCAGACACACCAGAAAUGGCACUUUCUGUGCAACUCCUGGCUGGCCGUCGACAUGGGCGAUUGUUCCCUGGAUAAAACGUUCCCUGUUGCAACAGAAAUGGAUUUAAAGGGAUUUAGCAAUUUAUUUUUUAUGAAGACCUCAAAGGAUUUGAGUGAUGGGCACCUGUGGUAUUCAGUGGUCAGCCGUCCAGCAGGCAGCCCCUUCACCAGUGUCCAGAGAGUCUCCUGCUGUUUCUCUCUGCUGCUCUGCACCAUGCUCACCAGCCUGAUGUUCUAUGGAAUCCCCGCUGAUCCGUCAGAGCAGACCAUGGACCUGGGCCACUUUGAGUUCACCUUCCAGCAGUUCAUGAUCGGAGUUCAGAGUUCAUUCAUCAUGUUUCCGAUCAACCUGCUGAUCGUCAGUGUCUUCAGAAACUGUCGGCCCUGGGAGAUGACGUGCUGCAAGAGCAAAGCAAAAACAUCGGAUGCUCUGAAGCGGAGAACAACACAGACUCCUGCCUCCCAGGCUGUUUCCAGCAUGAACGUUGACGUCGCACUAGAAAGGAUCACCAAGGAUAUCUCCAGAAUUGCCCUUUCACUCUGUAAGGGCAUCAAGGGUAAUAAACCAGCCACAGAGUGUGAGUUUGGACUGGAAAACACAGAUAUAAAUGCAGUUCUCUCCGUGGUGGAGGAUUUCGUGAGAAGAAAGUUCAACAGCAGUGAAUGUGCAGAAUCAAAAACACUUCACCCUCACGACCGUCUGCAGCCCCAGAUACCAGCAGAAAGCAGUCAGAAGGACAACAAAACCAAAUAUCUGUACAGACAGCUGUGUCACAUCCACGAAGAGCUGAGUCUGCUGGACUCUUCCUGCCCCUCUGCCCCCCAGAGCUACAGACGGGCACUUCAGCAGGUCCAGGGCAUUAAGAGCUUUCUUCAGGAUCAGCUUCAUGCAGCCAACUUUGAAGAACUAGAGAAGCCGGCUCCUCCAGGAGGCAGCGACGACGAGGAGCGGGCGAAGAAAGGAUGCUGUCACGGAGGUCUGCCCUGGUGGUUUGUUUUUGUCGGCUGGUUCCUGGUAGCUGCCACAGGUGCCGUGACCUCGUAUUUCACAAUGCUUUAUGGUUUGAAAUUUGGGAAGGAGCGCUCCAUCAGCUGGUUGGUCUCCAUGGUGGUGUCCUUCUUCCAAAGUGUGCUCAUCACUCAGCCAAUAAAGGUGCUCUGCUUUGCUGCAUUUUUCGCCCUUGUUAUAAAGAAAGUUGAUGAGGACGAUUUUCAUAAUGUGGCAUUUAGUGACUCGAGUCCAGAUGAAGGCAGGAACCAGCAGAGAGUGGCGCAGCACAGGAGUCAGUAUGAACCACCGCUUCCUGCAGACGUGGAGAGGAUGAGAAGGAACCAGAUGAUUGAGCAAAAAGCUGUGGCUUUUCUGAGGGAGAUUUUCAUCUACACAGGGUUCAUGUGGAUGUUACUGCUGGUGGCUUAUGGUCAGAAAGAUCCAAACGCCUUUUUACUGAAGCAGCACAUCCGGACCAGCUUCGACCCAGCCAUUUCACAGAGCAUGAGCCUCAGGGACGUCUUCCAGUGGGCCAACACGUCUCUACUUUCUAAUCUAUUUGGAAAUUAUCCAGGAUUCAUCACAGAUGGAAAGUCUAAGCUUGUGGGAAACGCACGCCUACGCCAGCUGAGAAUACAGCAGCAGUCGUGUCAGACAGCAGCCAACCUGCAGCAGAUCACACCAGACUGCCAUGCACCGUACUCCUGGGAGGGAGAGGACGUGAACUCCUAUGACACCGGCUGGACACAACCUACACACAAUAUUACAGCCGCCGCCGCCGUCGCCAGCCCGUGGACGUACCAGACACAGACUCAGCUGAGGGCUUACCCUGUGUGGGGCAAAAUGCAUCUCUACAGGGGGGGCGGCUUCGUGGCAGAGCUCGGCCCAGAUUUAAAUAACGCCAGCAGAACACUUGAUUAUCUGUUCAGGAACAAAUGGUUGGAUUUGUCCACCAGGGCGUUGUUUGCUGAGUUCACCGUUUAUAAUGCUAAUGUCAACCUCUUCUGCAUCGUCACACUUUUUUUCGAGACCAGCGCCAUUGGAGCGUUUCAGUUCCACAGUGAGCUGCAGAGUGUCCGUCUCUACCAGUCAACUGGAAAUCUUCACCUGUUUGUCGUCGCCUAUUUUUUAAAUAAUAAAUAA